CCUCCCCCUCCUUAUUCGUACCCAUUCAUACGCAUCCCUUUUCUCUCUCUCUCUCUCUCUCUCUCUCUCUCUCUCACACACACACACACCACUCUCCGCCAUGGACAAACCUCAAUUUCAAACACUCAAAUCAACCACCACUUCUCGCCAAAAAACCCUAAUCCUCAACGCAUUGCACAAAUCCUCUCUCCAUCGCCGCCGGAGUCGCAGACGAGUCCCAACCUCCCGCAUUGCCGACAAGAUUCACCGAAACCAUCCUGUUUUCACUUCCGAAGAACCUGAUGAGAAGGAAGCCGUCGAACGCAAGAUUCGUGCCUUGCAGAGCAUCGUUCCAGGAGGGGAGUCGCUUGGAGUCGACAAGCUCUUUGAACAGACGGCGGAGUAUAUAAUGAAUUUGCAGCAUCAAGUGAAGGCCAUGAGAGCACUCUCGAGCUUUUUCGAGAGUUUGGAGAAGGAGAAAUCUGAAUGCGGAGGUUGAAGAAGAUGAGUUUCACUUCUGAUUUUGAUUUUUUUUUUUCUUUCUUUUUUUGAUUUGGUUUAUUAUUAUUAUUAUUAUCAUCAUUUUUUUCCUCUUUUUCAUGUGAGAAAAGAUGGAUGAAAGCGUUAGAUUCUCAGUGGCUCCAUCUUUUUCUCUGUUAGUUGGGAGCAGGAUUUCGAAUCCUUUUUCCUGUUAAUGAUCAUCAUCUUCUAUACUCUUUGCUAGUAAAUCUAUGUAGCUUUUUAAUGGAUAGCAAAUCAAAAUCGACAUGGAUAGUAAUAACAGAUUGGAGUGAGAGAGUUCAACAAUGUGUU